AUGAUCUGGGCCUCAACAGGUCAGCGCCACCGCGAGGCAGGAGGUGGGCCUAAAGAGCUUGACUGGAGAAAGUUUUGGCCCUACAAAGGCUGGAAGGAGCUGAGCCAAAAGAGGCCCCAAACGGCCUCCGAUCAGUGGGCUCCUCCAGGCCCAGCUUGGGCCUCCCAGCGGCCUCUGCAGACCCAAGUCAUCCUGAAGUCGGCCUCUCCAGGCCCAGCUCCGGCCUCCCGGUGGCCUCUCCAGCAAGCAACCUGUUUUGGCUCAGCUCCUGCCCAGCUCCCGCCGGCCUUUGGACCCCCCAAACUUUCUCCAGCCAAGCUCUUCAGGCCUACCUCCUGCCUCCUGGUGGCCUGUACGGGCCCAGCUCUGGCUGGAGAACAGCCUCUGCAGGCCCCGCUCUUGCCUCCCAGGGGCCUCUCCAGGCCCAGCUCUCGCCCCACGGUGGCCUCCUGGGGCCAAGUCCCUGCCUGCCUCCCGGCAGCCCGUGAGCGGCCCAGCUCCUCCCUCAGGGUGGCCUGUUUAGGCCCAACUCGUGCCUCUGGCACCCUGUCCAGAGGCGUGAGCCCCUGCCUCACACUGGCCUCUCUCAUGCUGAGAGAGGUCCUCCCUCACGCUGGCCUGUUGAGGCCCAGCUCAUGUCUCUGGUGGCCUCUCCAGGUCCAGCCCCUGCCUGUUGGCGGCCUCUAG